AGGCCCCUUCCCGGCGGGCCGCCGCCGAGGGCCCCCAGGCGCUGGUCGAAGGCGGCGAGGCUUGGAUGAGGGACACACUCCGCUGCGCCUGCGAGCGCCCUGUGGACAAUGUCUGCAGAGGGCAGAGGCGGCCGCGCGGCCCGGGACGAGGGGCGAGCCCAGGAGGCUCUGGGUCCUGGGCAUGCGGAAGUGCUUUCCGAGUCAGAGGACGCGGUGCCCUUGGGAGUCGCUCGGGAGUCACCCCACAUCAAGACGGAACCCGAGGAGCCGCUUCCUGAGGGGGCGUUUCCGGAGGAUGGGGCUCAGGUAGCACGGGGCCAGGCCCCCGACCAGGUUCCCAAGGAGAAGGCACUCCUCCCGCCUGGUGCAGCCCUCCCGUCCCCCCAGGUCUCCGCCCGCGAGGGCAGGACCAGAGACCGGCACAUGGCUGCGGCGCUCCUCACCGCCUGGUCCCAGAUGCCGGUGACCUUUGAGGACGUGGCCCUGUACCUGUCCCGGGAGGAGUGGGGGCGGCUGGACCGCGCGCAGCACAGCGUCUACAGGGACGUCCUGCAGAAGCGGAGCGGGCUGGCCUGGGGGUUUCCCUUCAGCAGACCUUUCUGGGCUUCCCAAGUGCAGGGCAAGGGUGAGGCCUCGAGCUCGGGCCGGCCAGCAGCCGGGGAGAGAGGAGACGCCGAGGUGGGGAAGGAGGAGGACCCCCACACUCCGGCUGCCCUAGGGGAUGUGGAGCCCUUCAGAAGUGGGGUGGGGAGAGCCCCAGGCGAUGUCGCGCCCUGUGGUCGCCAGGCAGCCAGUGGCCAGAGCUCGGGGCCAGCCCAGGACACUGGGCAGCUGGCGCCCGCGGAGGAGAGACCACCCAGGCCCACUCCGCCGGACGCUGCGCCCCCAGAGAGACCCAGCCCCGGGGAGACAGGCACCCCGGAGAGCGGCGAGGAGGGCCUGGCCCCGGACGGCGAUGCCAGCAAGAAGACCUACCGGUGCGAGCAGUGUGGCAAGGGCUUCAGCUGGCACUCGCACCUGGUGACGCACCGGCGCACGCACACGGGCGAGAAGCCCUACGCCUGCACGGACUGCGGCAAGCGCUUCGGCCGCAGCUCGCACCUCAUCCAGCACCAGAUCAUCCACACAGGCGAGAAGCCCUACACCUGCCCCUCCUGCUGGAAGAGCUUCAGCCACCACUCGACGCUGAUCCAGCACCAGCGCAUCCACACGGGCGAGAAGCCCUACGUGUGCGACCGCUGCGCCAAGCGCUUCACCCGCCGCUCGGACCUGGUCACCCACCAGGGCACCCACACGGGCGCCAAGCCCCACAAGUGCCCCAUCUGCAGCAAGUGCUUCACGCAGAGCUCCGCCCUGGUCACCCACCAGCGCACGCACACCGGCGUCAAGCCCUACCCGUGCCCCGAGUGCGGCAAGUGCUUCAGCCAGCGCUCCAACCUCAUCGCGCACAACCGCACGCACACGGGCGAGAAGCCCUACCACUGCCUCGACUGCGGCAAGAGCUUCAGCCACAGCUCACACCUCACCGCGCACCAGCGCACCCACCGCGGCGUGCGGCCCUACUCCUGCCCGCUCUGCGGCAAGAGCUUCAGCCGCCGCUCCAACUUGCACCGGCACGAGAAGAUCCACACCUCGGGGCCUAAGGCCCUGGCCAUGCUGAUGCUGGGGGCGGCGGGGGCUCUGGCCGCACCCCCACCGGCCCCCACCUAGGAGGCGGCCUGGCCCGGGCAGGGGGAGCAGCGUGGGGGC